AUGAGUAUUCGCAACUUGGAAACACAAAUCAGUCAAUUGGUAGUAUCGGUGAACAAAUUGGAAAAUCAAGGUAAAUUGCCUUCUCAGACCACAGUGAACCCUAAGCAGAAUGUAUGUGCUGUUACACUCAGAAGUGAAAAAGAACUGCAGGACGAUCCUCAUCAGGCAAGUCGCUCGCACGACAAUCCUCAUCAGGUAAGUCGUGGGCACAAUCGCAGUACAAAUCUAGAAACUAAGAUGAUCGUACCUGAACAAGACAAAUCAGCUUCAGCACCUGAGCAAUCUGAACCUCUAAUCAUUAAACCUCCUUUUCCUCAGAGAUUAGCCAGGUCUAAACAAGAGAAAGAAGAAAAGGAGGUCCUUGAGACAUUUCGUAAGGUAGAAGUCAAUAUACCUUUACUUGAUGCAAUUAAACAGGUACCUCGCUAUGCGAAGUUCUUAAAGGAAUUAUGCACAAAUAAAAAAAAGUUAGUAGGCUACCAAAAGGUUUGUAUGGGUGAAAAUGUAUCUGCUGUUUUUCAAAAUAAAAUGCCUACCAAAUGCAAAGACCAAUGUAUGUUCGCUAUACCUGUUAAAAUUGGCAAUAUUGGUGUGAAAAAAGCAAUGUGUGAUUUAGGUGCAUCAAUAAAUAUCAUGCCUUUAUCAGUUUUUCAAUCUUUGAAUGCUGGUCCAUUAAAAGAAACGGGUGUGGUGAUUCAAUUGGCUGAUCACUCUAUUGUUUAUCCUGAUGGGGUGUUAGAGAAUGUUUUAGUGCAAGUAGAUAAUUUAAUAUUCCCUGCUGAUUUUUAUGUGAUUUCUAUGGAGGAUAAUAAAUCCUCAAAUUCUUUUGAUAUUUUGCUAGGGAGACCCUUUUUAUCUACUGCUAGAACGAAAAUAAAUGUUUAUGAUGACAUUCUCACCAUGGAGUUUGAUGGGGAAAUCAUUGAAUUUAAUGUUUAUGAUGAUGUGAAACACCCCAAUAAUGUUUAUAGUGUGUGUAGAGUGGAUGCCAGUAAACCUCUAGUUCAGCAAGUGCUUAAAUUGGAAUAUGGAGAUGAGUUGAAUACUAAACUUUGUGAGAAUUUUGGAAAAUCCAACUCAAUGAAUAUGAAGGAAAAUUUUGAUUAUUUAAAAGAAGUGGUAUAUGAAUUAAAAGCAAACAAAUCGUUACACCAUAUUGCUUCUAUCGAGGAACCACCUAAUAUUCAUACUAAAUUUUCAGCUUCUAUUGUGCAGGGAAUAAAAGUGGAACAUAAAUCGUUGCCUGGUCAACCACCUCCAUUCAUAAAUGAGAAUCGCACUUCACACAGUUUGAAAUUACCAUUCGAACAAGUAUUUCUUAAGUCAUUUUAUAAAGGGUUCAAGGUGGAACCAGCUAAAGAGAUCACUUUCAGUUAUCCAACACCAAUUGUCUGA